CUUUCUUCUCGCGUCUUCUUCUAAUUUCUCUGUUCUGCUAAUUAUCCAGAAGCUAAACCCUAGCCAAGUUCAGUUAUUUGUGUGUGCGCGCGCGUACGAGAAGAGCUGAAGAGUGAUCGCACGGUCUUUUAGGUUCACGGUGAAAAGCGUGGUACUUAAAAGAAAUGAAGAGAUAGAAGAAAUAGUCUUGAGGGUGCCUCCCAAGUCUCUAAAAUAUGUCGUCAUGAAAUCCACCGCCGCCGCCCUUUGUCUCUGUUUAUCUUGCCGUUUUCAGUCCCCAUUUCAAUGGGUUUAAAUUUUAACUCUUAGGAGCAAAUAAAACAACUCGAAAUACUAAAAUCCAAACCCUCGAAACUGAAUCAGAGAGAGAGAGAGAGAGAAUGUUGAAGUUCCUGUCGAGAGUGAAGAUCGAGUUCAACGCAUUGGAUCCACGCACAGCGUCGUGCAUGGAGUUCUUGGCACAGUGCAACGCUCGCAAGGCGAAGGAGUCGAACCCGGCCUGUCAGGUCCUCGUCAAGCGCCGGACCGAUGACGAGCCGCCCAAGAUCGCCGUCACCUUCGUCAACGGAGUCGAGGAAGUCUUCGACGCCACGUCCACGCCUGCGCAGAGCAUAAGGACCAUGAUUCUCCAAAAGGGUGAGUCCCUCGAGACCGAGCAGAUGUUCCGCGAGGCCGGCGAGCCCUGGCCCGUCAUCAUUCCUGAGGAGGAGCUCCACCAGCCGGCACCGGGAACAAAGCCAAGGAAAGCAGAAGAGAAGAAGCAAUAACCGUAUUUUUUAGAUUGUAAGGGCGGUAUUUUUGAGAUUGUAAGGGCACAAGUCUGCUGUAUUUCAAUGGACUUGUAUCAUUGUGGUGAGGUUUUCUAUAUGCAGGAAAAUAUUCGAAUGGUGCUUUGUAUUUUGAUGCUCGUAAUUUUCACUUUGGAUGAAGAUUUUAUUUGUAGCUAGAAUUUUUUUUUUUUCCCAGUUUGAUAUCAUGAUUUUGUAGCGUGAAUAACAAAAAGGAAAAACAUAUUACAUAUGUAAUAUUUUCUCGACAUGGAAGAUA